GUAUAUAGCUGACCAACUGAAAACCGGAAGUCACGUGAAACCGGAAACGUAUGAAAACGUAACAGUGUAUUUCAGCGACAUUGUUGGGUUCACAGCGCUCUCUGCCGACAGCACUCCCAUGCAGGUCGUUGACCUUUUGAAUGAUCUCUACACCUGUUUUGAUGACAUUAUCGGAAAUUACGAUGUUUACAAGGUUGAGACAAUCGGAGAUGCUUACAUGGUAGUGUCCGGACUUCCGGUGAGAAACGGAAACAACCAUGCCCGCGAGAUUGCUUGUUUGUCACUAGCCCUACGGGAAGCGAUAGGAAACUUUAAAGUCCGUCAUCGGCCGCACCACGAAGUUAAAUUACGGAUCGGUAUGCACUCAGGUCCAUGUGCUGCUGGCGUGGUAGGCCUAAAGAUGCCUCGUUAUUGUUUGUUUGGAGACACCGUAAACACAGCCUCCAGAAUGGAAAGCAAUGGAGAAGCCAUGAAAAUACACGUCAGUCCAACAACGAAGAAUAUCCUGGAAACAUUUGGAACGUUCCAUCUGACUGUAAGGGGGGAAGUGGAGUUAAAGGGGAAAGGAAAGAUUCGUACUUACUGGCUGGAAGAUGAAAACACUGAUAAUGACCUAAACAUUGAUUUAUUUGAAUCUACCAGAAGGACAGUGUUGAAAGACAACGGAUUAGAAAUCUUUAAUGUGGAUGAAUGAAACAUAUCUGCACGCAAAAUUAAUUUUUAAGAUGAUUUAUUAAAAAGUAAGUAAAUAGUACUGUUGCACUUUUCAAAUAAGGCAUAUUUGUCACAGACAGUUAUUAUUAAACAUUCUCUUACGUUAAUUCAAGGCAUAACUUUGAACUACCACUAGUAAGAUAAUAUCUUGUUUUUGAACGAAUGGCUUUUCACAUUUGUUUAAUUAAUCAUUCAAAUUAGUUAAACCAGGAAACCUUUAUUGUUUAAGCAAUUUUAUUGUAUUAAACCUAACUUUAUGAUGGAGAAAUAUAUUAGUUAAUAAUGAGAGCUGUAUGAUCAGGAAUAUUUAUGGAUUGCUAAAAGAAACUUGUACUUUUGGGUUUUGGGUCACAUAUCUGACAACAAUUAAA